AUGCUGCUGAAAGUUUUCACAAUCAUUAUUCUAUGCGAGCUUGCUGCUUGUGAUAUUGAUCAAAAAUCAAAAAAAUAUACCUCAAAAUAUGAUAACAUAAAUUUAGAUGAAGUUCUACAUAACAAACGUUUGCUGGAUGCUUAUGUUAAAUGUUUAAUUAGUAAAGGACCAUGCACAAAUGAUGCUGCAGAGUUGAAACGUACAUUACCAGAUGCUCUAGAAAAUGAUUGUGCGAGAUGUACUGAAAAACAAAAGUCUGGAUCUCAAUACGUGACGCACUAUUUGAUCGAUAAUGAACCAGAUAUAUGGCCCCUUUUAGAAGCUAUUUAUGAUCCUUCUGGAAAUUAUAGAAAGGAAUAUCUCGCUAGCAAAAAAUAUAAUGAAACCAUUAUGGAUGAAAAAUAGGAACACUUGAAUUAUAGCAAGAACUAGAAAUU